CACCUGUUAGCCGGCAUAUAUUCUUGCGCCUUCGUUGUGGGAAGGUGAACUGAUCGCCAGGACCAGUGUCAGUGUAUUAACUCAAAGUUGUGCAUUUCCAAAGUCGUCACCGCGCACAAUCUCCAUCUUUAAAUGGACUAUCACUGCCGACGACACCAUACGGGACAAUGUUAACGCAUCAUUUGCUUAACCGUCCACAAAUGCCUUGAUCUCACAGGGACUUCGCAACAGUGCUGCAACUCGCGCAAAAUCGACACACCACUGGACUUUCUUGUAUUCAUUCGUGAAUAUGGCAAAGCGACUGCACUGAACUGAAGCCGAGGUUUGCAACACAUUGUUGCAAAUAUUUUGAUGAAGAACACGAUGCUCUCCCUCUUGCGUGCCCCGUAACUGCUUCCAUUCAUUCAGUCCAGUUUGGCUCGAGCACCGUCUUCUCUCCUGGAGAUUUUCCUUCCAGUUUCCUCUCAAUUAUGUUUACUUUCGCUGCCUUUUGCUAUAUGCUUUCCCUUGUCCUCUGCGCUUCUCUCAUCUUCUUCGCGAUCUGGCAUAUAACAGCCUUUGAUGAGCUUCAGGCAGACUUCAAGGUGCCGAUCGAUCAGGGCAAUCCACUUCACGCGCGCGAAAGACUGCGAAAUAUUGAAAGGAUCUGCUGCCUGCUGAGAAAGUUGGUGCUUCCAGAGUACUCUAUCCAUGGACUCUUCUGUAUCAUGUUCCUGUGUGCUCAGGAGUGGCUUACUGUAGGCCUGAAUAUCCCUCUCCUCUUCUACAACACAUGGAGCAGGUACUUUCACAGCCCCACAGACACUAAGGAGCUUCUCUACGAUCCAGCAUCAGUCAUGAACGGAGACACACUCAAAUUCUGCCAAAAAGAAGCCUGGUGCAAGAUGUCAUUCUUUGUCCUCUCGUUCUUCUACUAUCUCUACUGUAUGAUCUACUCCUUGGUGACCUCAUAACAGAGUUCUCAACACUGCUCAUAAGACAGUUUUCCGAAAACUACAUUUGGAUGAAACAAGAGACACAAGUUCAACACAGUGCAGUGUCUGAACCCACAGAGAAGACUUGACCCCAUCUUCCCAGAGUAUCAGAAGAACCCAGUGUUGUUUACAGAUCUGACUCAACGCCCUAGAUGUCUCAUGGACCUGGUGUGACGCGCUUUUCACAAGCUCACAGUAACAUUUGCACAGAUUGUCUCAGGCAUAGCACAACAUGUCCUUUACCACUUUGAGGCACAAAACCUGCCAACCUUUACACUCACUAUAUGUAGCUUCAAAUUCAUGUCGGGAUAAAACAAACGAAAGGAAA